UUUUUACAUCACUAAUAGCAUGCUUUGACAAUAUACAAAAACAAAUUUUCUAUUAAUAACAAACGUGGAGUGCUCUUUUAUUAAGUCAAUUCUGAAAUUUAUAAUUCGCACGGUAUAAGUGAACUGCGUAAUCGUAUAUUAUCGUUAGCUGCAUCGGAAAAUUUGAAAAUGGAUUCAAAAUACUUGCUGACCAAAAACUCUGAGAUCGGGUUUAAUUCGACGAAUUUUGCAACUAAGCGCAAAGCUGAAACAGUCAAAUUGGAUAUGCACGGUAAAAAUAAAUUUAAUUACACUCGUUCAACGUCUCGAAAUAUACCACCAGCUUCACCGGCUAUUAAAAGAAAUUGCAUUGGACAAAAAAGUAAAUCGCUACCAGUGUUCAACUGCCGGCAAAGAAUAUUAAAGGAGAUAGAAAUGAACGACACUGUGUUAAUAAUGAGUGAAACAGGAUCAGGAAAAACAACACAAAUUCCGCAGUUUCUUCUACAUGCAGGGUAUGCCAAGAGUUCCAUGAUCUGUAUUACUCAGCCUCGUCGAGUAGCAGCAAUAACAGUUGCAAGACGUGUUGCGCAGGAGCUGUCAAGCAGUAUUGGCGAUAUUGUAGGAUAUACAGUUCGAUUCGAGGAUGUUACCACAAAGAAUACAAAAAUUCGUUAUCUGACAGAUGGUGUAUUGUUACGAGAGUCUAUAGAAGACCGCCUUUUGCUUAAAUAUUCUGUGAUUAUUCUGGAUGAAGCUCAUGAAAGAACUGUAAAUGCCGACUUACUAUUUGGAAUAGUAAAAGAAGCUCAGAAAGAAAGAAGUAGAAAAAAUAUACCCAAUUUAAAAGUGGUGAUUACUUCAGCGACGAUGGAUAUUGAUCAUUUCGGAAAAUAUUUCAAGUGUAAGGGAUUGUAUUUGGAAGGAAGGACGCACCCCGUCCGUGUGAUGCAUACCAAGGAGCCACAUGAUGACUAUGUCCACGCGAUACUGGUUACGCUGUUUCAUAUUCAUCGCACUGAACCAAUCAACCAUGACGUUUUAAUCUUCUUAACUGGGCAAGACGAAAUUGAAUCAUUAGCUCAGCAAAUUCGAAAGCUUGAAAAGAUAAAUACAAAUGGACCCACUAAUAUUCGUGUUUAUACACUGUACGCGCAAUUAUCACACAGCAUGCAGCUGGAAUGCUUUUUACCGGGUCCGUCAAAUAUGCGGAAAGUUGUUUUGGCUACAAAUAUAGCUGAAACGUCGAUUACCAUACCUGGUAUACGCUGCGUCAUCGAUUGUGGAUUUGUAAAAGAAAAAUUGUUUAAUUCCGUUGACGGAAUUGAUAUUUUAAAAGCAGUUCGAAUAUCACGGGCACAAGCAUGGCAACGGACUGGACGGGCAGGUCGUGAUGCACCUGGAGUGUGUUACCGGGCAUAUACAAAAAGUGAAAUGGACUCUUUUCUGAGCUCGACUCAGCCGGAAAUUCUUAGAGCAAACCCAACAUCAACAGUGCUGCAGCUUUUGGCUAUGGACAUAGAUUGCAAUAAUUUUGAUUUCUUAGACGCUCCACUAGAAGAAGCCCUGAUAAGUGCAUAUAGAAGUUUGGAUGGUCUUGGGGCUAUCGAAUAUGGACCUAUAUCACACAUUACUCCUUUAGGUCGUUUAAUGUCCCAGUAUCCAUUAGAUCCCAAAUAUUCAAAAUUAUUAACAUCAGCUUCAAAGUUCGGCUGUAUGGAGGAAAUAUUACGUCUGGUUUCUGUCCUUUCCAGUGAUAAUAUUUUUGUUUCAAGCAACGAUAAAAACGAAUUGGCCACACUUGCACAUGCCAAAUUUCACUCUAAGCAUGGAGAUCAUUUAACGCUGCUAAAUGUUUAUAAUUUAUUUAUAAAGGCAGAAAAGCCGAAGGUGUGGUGUCACGACAAUUUUUUAAAUUAUCGCUGCCUAAUAUACGCCCGUAACGUUUGUCGCCAAUUGUCAGAAAUAAGCCUGCGAUUGGGCCUGACUAUAAACAGCUCCGAAAACAUUGAAUCGUUUAAAAAAUGUCUUUUGAGUGGAUUUUUCGAGAAUGUUGCUAUAUUGCAAAAGGACGGUUCUUAUUUGACUUGUUCCGGACAUCUUAAGGCUAAAAUGCAUCCUUCAAGUGUCUUUCACCUAAAGUACAAACCAAAAUGUAUAUUGUUUACUCAAAUGGUUCAGACGGAUAGUAACUUUCUUCGGCAAGUCACAGAUGUCUUUAUAGACUGGGCUAAAGAAGUGGUACCUUGUCUUAAAAAUGGUCUAAAAUAAAAUACAAAAUUGAUACAUUUUUUUCCUAGUCGAGAAAAUAUUCUGUUAAUGGUCAAUUAUUCUGAAGUAAUUAUUAUUUUGUUGUUGUUGUUCAAUAUGUUAAUAAAAAGAAGGGACUGAAGGAAGGAAGCUAAAACCGUUCGGUACACGCCAGCGACGUCAAUAUUGAAUAAUUCAACGUCUGCGUAAAAGAUGUGUUAGCUAAAAUAUAGAGUCUCGUGGUUCAUGAAUAAGGAUACAAGAACGGAUUAUCUUUAUUGAUCUUAAAUUUACAGUCACGUAAUAUCCUGAAUCGAGGUCGUGGAUCUUAUUUCUCGGUCGUCUAUGGGGCCGCACGGGCCUGAUUUCGCUCGCACAUUUUCCAGUAUUCUCGUACUUGUUUACUAAUGUCCUAUGACGAGUCUAUCUAUAAACUGUCUUCUAAAUUUUCAACGCCUUUCUCACUUCGAGCUACCGGCCAGGGGUCCGCCAGUUGGCCUUGUAUCACUGCGUUUUGUUCAUCUAGUGUUUGUUCCUCUGGCGCCACUAUGUUCCAAGUAGAUACGAUCAAUUUUUAUGAUUCAUUUUUAUACGUCAAUAGAAUUUUUCCCGACACGUUAAUUUCAUAGAGGACAGAAGACCGAGCAAUGACCGGUAGUUCUGUCGAAAAUCACCAGACAAAGCCGAUAUCAGCAGAUUCCUUUUUUUGUGCUGCUCCGCUGCUCUUUGCAGCGCGCUGCGUCGACCUCCAUUCCUAAGUAGUGCAAAAGACGCUAUCGCUGCAGGUCCAUACUUCAUGUGUAGUUCCUCUCGAGUUUUUUCACAAAAAUGUGUGUUUUAAACUAUUAACAAGCUUCAAAGUCGUGCCAGUCCCGGUACUCAGUUUGUCUAUGUAUAUGCAAUGCUAUGAGCUGUAUCGUCAGAAGAUGAGAAAGAGCAAAUGAAAGCGCGCGCCAAGACAGUCAGACAGUCAGUCUUAAUUCUUAAUCUAAUCAAGAAUAUAUGGACUUUAUGUCGUCGGAAACGUUUCUUCUGGCUGUUUAUCAUAUUUUUAAUAACGAUCUGAAAAUUCCAACUACUAGGCCUGCAACCUAAUUUUUUCUCUGUGCUGAGUAAAAAAAACCCCUGUCGCAUAGUGUUAUCUUCAUAAAUGAAAAAGAUUUCUCACAACAAAAUCUUUUUGUAAGGAAUGUUCAUAUAGUACACAUAUAAUAUUGUACACUCUUCAUGGAUAUACAAAUCGAAAAUAUUAAUUCAUAAAAUAGGUAUAUAGGACCAAAACAACUUCGGAUGAUUAUUUUCGCUCCACCUAUAUGUAUAAUAAUAACUAUAUAAUAGUCUUAAAUCUUAAAACAUUGAAAUGGUCAGGUAAAUAUUUAUAUAUAUUGUAUUUAUAUAACAGAUCCUUCUUUGCCAAAAUAAGUAAAACAAUAUUAAAAAGAUACAAGUAGGAUUUUAAGUAAAAACUUUCACAUUGGCUCAGAAAUCGUAUUGAAUUCUCGGUUUGAUUUCGGAAAAAUUUCAGUUUCUUCAUCGGAAUGGUCAAUUUUGGGUAGUUUUAUAUUCCAGGACUGAAU